GGAGGCGAUCUCCGUUUAAUCCUCGAGGCUGUGAUAUCCCGGUAGAUGCAAAUUAUCUCUGGGGUUUGGGAGCUGUUUCGCAGAGUAGGCCUGAAAUCCUUGUUGUUUUGUUUUAAAUUCAUAAGACUACUAUGAUAUAAUCGCUAUUGUCAUUAUGGGCUAUUAGAUUAUUUUAAUGGUGGCAUAGGCUGUGUAACACUGCCGUCCUAAAAUCAAGAGGGGAGAAGCGACUUGCAAUUGUCAGAAAUCAGAUUGAUUUGAUUCUCUUAUGUGGGCCAUCAUUAAUUUGCAUUUCAGUUUGAUAUUUCCAUAUGACACAAGCGUCGAGGACACGUGUCGGUAGCAAUAUGCCUGUCAGUCAGUUACACAUUUAGACACUAGGGGUGGGAGGGGAAUUCUCAGUCUUACUGUAACCUUGCACACGAAACAAGUUAUCCGACUUCUGAAUCAGAACUGGGUAUAGGCAGCAAGCUCUGUGCUAUAUAUGCAUGCAACGUCAUGAUUUGAAUUCGCCUGACAGAUGUUAGCGUGUUCUAGUUGCAUGUUCGGUUUCUGCAGCACACGCUCUUUAGAUGAGACGUAAUUCUUGGCUACAGUAGACCACUGAGACAACCAAUGAAUAGUCUUCUAUCGAUUGCCAUUUCUACAUAAUAAUAAUAAUACAGAACAGCACCGACAUGAUACCAGGCGGUCCUUCAUCUAUGCUUCCUUCAUCGGAAGCUGCUAAAUUAUACCAGACUAAUUACGUCAAGAACUCUCGUUCCAUCGGACUUUUGUGGGCCAUCUUCACCAUUCUUUUCGCGAUCAUCAACGUGAUCAUCUUCAGCCAGCCCUACUGGAUCGGGGAUGGCGUGGACACGCCACAGGCCGGCUUCUUUGGCCUCUUUCACUACUGUAUCGGAGAGACAAUCGCCAGAGACCUAACCUGCCAAGGCACCUUCACUGAGUUCGCCGCUAUCCCCUCCACCGCCUUCAAGGCCGCGUCCUUCUUCGUUGGUAUGUCGAUGUCGCUGGUCAUCACCUGUAUCGGCUGUUUCGUCCUCUUCUUUGUCCUGAGCACGUCCACCGUUUACAAGAUUUGCGGCUGGAUGCAAGCGUCCUCAAGCGUGUGUCUGGUGCUGGGAUGCAUGAUCUACCCCGACGGCUGGGACUCGGACGAGGUGCGGCGGAUGUGCGGCGAGAGGACGGACAAGUACAGCCUGGGUGCGUGCUCUGUGCGCUGGGCCUACAUCCUGGCCAUCAUGGGCAUCCUGGACGCCCUCAUCCUCUCUUUCCUAGCCUUCGUCCUGGGGAACAGGCAGGACGGCUUGAUGUCUGAGGAGCUGCUGGCCGAGAGCAAGGAGGCAGGAAAUGCUCUAGAUGGACCCUGAUCUUCACACAGCCCUCUGUGCUCUGUCUACGCUUGUCUCCCGGCCUUUAGACGGAGCCCACAUCUCUCCACAAACCCCUUACUGAUAACCCUAUAAAACUUAGGAGCAUAGACCAAGCCAGUACCAGAGACUUUGACUGAGUCACGAUGGUCUAUCUACAUCAUGAUGAACAGGUUUGAAAACCCUGUAGACCCCCCCACCCCA